AUGUGGCUCUUGGUUUUGCUGUAUCACCGGUCCUUCCCAACAGUAUCGUUGUUCAGUUUGAGUGUAGCCUCCCCUGCACCGCAGCUGUGGCUCGCUCUGUGCCGGGACCCGGGCUGGAGGGAGGAGAGGAGAGGAGAGAAGAGGAGAGGAAGGGCUGGCCGGGAGCAGGAGUGCUGCGCAAUAUGGCGCCCGAGCGUGGUCUUCACCACCAUUGUAUACAAAGAUACUGUCUUGAUCGCUGAAUCAUACGUUGACGUUACCGCCAUAGUGGAUGUGACAAAGGGGGAGACAACAGUGAAGAUGCUGCUUGGAGACGUAGCAGCCAUUACACAAAAGGUACAGGUUCCAAAGUAUUUAGCGCAACAGUGGGACAAAGCAACAGAGAAGGGAGAAGUGGGGAAGCUUACUAUUGGAAAAAAGCAAGGCAAAACUCAGGUUUGUUUCAGUCUGAAUGAAGAGCUGACAACUAUCGGUGCUGGUGGGGAGAGUGAGUCUCCUCUGCAGGUCCCCAGAGAGCAUCCCUUCACCAUGAACUCACUGGGUGGACAGACCAUGGCUGUCUUCAGCCAGGGUGAUAAAGAUGAGCUCAGUCUGGAGGGGAUGGUGGUGCACAGAGCUGAAUGCAGACCCGUCGUCACUGACAACUACAUGAAGCUUAAGAGGGUUCAGAUGAAGGAGUCCUUGAAGCCCCAGCGUUUAUCACAGCAGCUGGAGAGAGCCAUCACGACCGUCUACAAGCCUGUGGCCAACCACGACUUCAACGUGGAAUAUGAGAAGAAGAAGAAAUCCGAGGGCAAGAUGGUGAGAGCUGAGCGACCGGUGGUGUUGGACAUGCUCUUCUCUGCUUUUGAGAAGCACCAGUACUACAACAUAAAAGAUCUGGUGGACAUCACCAAGCAACCCGUGACCUACCUGAAAGAGAUCAUGAGGGACAUUGGUACAUACAACAGCAAAGGUGCUCACAAAAGCACAUGGGAGCUGAAAGCAGAGUACAGACACUACCGGUCAGCUGAGGAGGAGGAGGAGGAAGAAGAGAUGCAGACGGCCUAAUUUCCAUUUACAGGCAACUUUUUUUUCUUCCUGCCUGCAUGACACACUGUUACUUCAGUAAUGCAAUAGCCUUUAUUACGGUUUAGCUAUCAGGAUUAGUUUUUCUUUUCAGUGAUGCCAAUGCAAGCCUUUGCCUCCAUGUUGGAGAUUCCAGUAAACUUCAUUUUCAACA